AUGCGAUUGACCUUGGGUGUAUGGAAAUUGCUUCCUAGUCGGGGUUUUGUAGCCUCAUCCAUCAGAAUAUCUGGGAAUAUCAGAUCUUUGUCUAGUACUACCAAUGUGAUUACAGGUGCCAAUCUAGAUGCUCCUGCUGGAUCGAAACAUUUUUUAGGCCUAGGGUUCCAUAAAGAACUCCCAAAGGCUUGUUAUGGGGGCCGCCAUACUGUUGCAAUGCUUCUUGGAGAUGGUGUAGGGCCAGAACUUUUAUCGUACGUCAAAGAAGUUUUCCAGGUUAUUGGAGCGCCAAUAGAUUUUGAAGAAAUUGCCGUAAAUCAAGAAUCUGAAGAUGCUACAUUUACUGAUGCUCUACUUGCUAUGAAGCGUAAUGGUGUUGGAAUCAAAGGAAACUUUGCUACAGAACCAGGUCAAUCAUCAAGAAAUCUAGCUCUUCGUCUCAAACUUAAUUUAUAUGCCUACAUUCAGCGAUGUCGAAACUUUCCAGGUGUGAUUACACGUCAUCAGAAUGUUGAUAUUGUUAUAAUACGUGAGAAUACGGAGGGUGAAUAUAGCCGGUUGGAGCAUGAAAAUGUCCCUGGAGUGGUAGAGUCUUUGAAAAUUAUAACUAGAGAAAAAUCCACUAGAAUUGCUCAGUUUGCAUUUGACUAUGCUGUUCGACAUAAUAGGAAAAAAGUCACCGCCGUACACAAAGCCAAUAUUAUGAAAUUAGGUGAUGGUCUAUUUUUGGAAGUAUGCACUUCAAUGGCUAAAAAUUAUCCACAGAUUGAAUUCAAUCAUAUGAUAAUUGAUAAUACAUGUAUGCAAUUAGUUAGUAAACCACAACAAUUCGAUGUGAUUGUUUUACCAAAUCUAUAUGGAAAUAUAGUUGGUAAUGUAGCAGCUGGUUUAGUCGGUGGAGCUGGUCUAACUACUGGCAUAAAUUUAGGCCCAGAAAAUGCACUAUUUGAAAUGGGUACACGAAAUUCUGGACGUUCAUUAGCUGGAAAGAAUAUUGCUAAUCCAUGUGCUAUGUUAUUGACAUCAGCGGAUAUGUUAGAUUAUUUAGGUCAUAUAAAAGAAGCUCAACUUAUUCGUGAUUCAAUUAUUGAUGUUGUCGGUGAACAGAAAAUACGUACAACUGAUCUAGGUGGUAAUUUUAAGACUAGUAAAGUGAUUGAAGCUAUCUUGAAAAGUUUGAGAACUAAUUAUCGUCGUCGACCUAGUGCUGGUUUAACGCGUAGACAAAAACAAAUCCCAUGGGAUCCACGUAUCAGUAUUGAUUUGUCUAGUUCAUAUCCGAGUAAAGCAUCUGCAUCAUCAGCAUCAUCGUCGUCAUCAUCACGUUUAAUUCGUCGUAAUUCUAAUUGUUCAUUAUUCCCUGACAGUAAUAAUAAUCAUAAUAAUAACAAUAAUAAUAACUCUACUAAUUUACCAAUUAAAAAUAAUCACAUUACUAAUCAUUUUGUAAAUAAUACCGAAAAUGAUAUGUUGACCGAUCACAAUCAUGGAUACAAUCCACAAUUGUAUAAAAAUUUCGAAGAUAAUCAUUGUAACAAGGUUAACACUAAUCAUAAUAAUCAUAAUGAUAUUGAUAAUAAUAAUAAUAAUAGUAAUAAUCAUAAUGAACAUGUUAAUCAUGAUGUUAAAAUGGAUUAUAAUACUCCCAUCAAAAAAUCCAAUUCAAUGCAUCGUACCAAUAUUGUCAACAAUGGUAAACAUAAUAAUUCUCAACAAUUACAAUUACAAUCACAAUUCGAAUCACAACAACAACAACUACAACAAGAAUAUUUUAACAAAACUAUACAUAAUUCUAUAAGUCUUAAUAAUAUCAAAACAGAAUUGAUUAAUCAAGCAUCAGUGAAAUAUUUCACGCCUAAAUCACAAUUAUCCGAAUUUUCUACACAAAGUUUACCAGCUUCCGGUCGUUUAUCACCGUCAUCAUCGAAAAUUUUAUCUUUAGAUUCAUCCCCUAUAGAAUUAACCAAACUGUGUCCUCUACGUUCUCCCCCCAGUAUGGCUAAGUCCGGGUCGAACAAUGAAGGACCAAGCCCUUUCAAUACCCCACGCCGUAAACCCCGUUUAGCACCGAUUCGUCAGUCAGAUCAUUCCAUACUUUGGACAUCACAAGAUCAAUUUAUUCCAAGCUCCCAUCUAAAUUCCACAUAUCCUGCUUCAUUAUUACCAACUCGAGCUACUCUAGUACGUCAAAGUGGUCGGACACGUCCAAUGCUAAAUCAAUUAUUGCAUAAUAUUGAUACAAAUAUGGAAAAUUAUAAUAUAGAAUAUAAUAAUAUUAAUAAAUUAAUCACACCUUUAAAUACUACUCAUCAUUCUAUUACAUGUAUAUCAUCGAAAGAAGUUUUGAAUAAUAAAAUGAAUCGAAAUAUUCAAUCAGAUCGAACAAUGACAAUAUCAAUUAACAAUAUGAAUAAUAGUAAUACUAAUAAUAAUAAUAAUAAUAAUAAUAAUAAUAAUAAUCUUAAUCAUACUCAUAACAAUAUGAUUGGUACAACCAGUAGUAGUAGUAGAUCAACUAUGGAAUAUGAUUCAUUUUAUUAUAAUCAUUUGGAUGGCAAUAUUACAGGCGAUGAAGAGAUGAUUUACGAUGAAGAUUAUGAAUCGGAUAAAGAAUUUAUCAUUGAUAGCGGCGGUAAUGACACUAGUCGAACAAUCAAUAAUAAUAAUGAUCAUGAUAGUAACAAUAAUAAUACUCCAACAUUUUGGCGAUCGAAUCGUUCAAGAAAACCGAACUCGUUGCCUUCUAGUGCAUUACCAUUGGAUUUAGAUAAUACUGAUUCAGCUUUACCAAAUUCACCUAGUUCUGAAAUGCCUGAAUUAUCAAGUAUACGCAGUGCUGCAUCUCAUAGACGUGCAAUGAAAUUAUUUGAAGAAGCUGAAAAACGUAGACAAAGUGAAAAUUUUAGUAGUUGUAGUAGUAGCAAUAUGCAAAUCUUGUCCACUUCAUCAACACCUGUAUCAUCUGUAAGAAGUAAAAAAGUGCAUAGUUCAGAAUUGGCGAAUAAUACUAACAACAACAACAGAUUGAUGAAUUCUGAUAUACAUCCUCAGGUCAAUUCAACUUCAUCAUCAUCCGGUCCUGUGUUAACACAGCUGUUUGUUCCUGUCAUAGGAGGACACACCUUUUAG